AUGGGAUCCAGCCAAGACCUCAUCAAUAUACUCUCUCCCUACGCCGAAGCCCACAAGAACUUCAAGGGCCCCGGCGAUGCUCGUCCCACAGCCCUCCAGAUCCUCAGAGACCAGGAUCUUGUUGGCAAGCUCAAUGGCAAAGUCGCUCUCGUCACCGGUGUCUCUUCCGGUAUUGGUGUCGAAACCGCACGCGCCCUCAAAACAGUCGGAAUCCACGUCUUUGGUGCGGUUCGCAACCUCGAAAAGGCCCGUGAAGCCCUCGGGGACGACCUAGAGCCUGGCAAGCUCGACCUCAUCCAGCUCGAUAACAAUUCUCUCUCGAGCGUGCGUGCCGGCGCCGCAGACUUCCUCUCCAAGAGCUCCAUCCUCAACAUCCUAGUCAACAAUGCAGGCGUGAUGAUGACACCGGAGAGCAGGACAGAGGAUGGGUUCGAGACCCAAUUUGGCGUCAACCACCUUGCACACUUUCUGCUGUUCCAGCUGCUAAAACGCACGCUUCUUGCCUCUGCUACUCCUCAGUUCCCCAGCCGCGUCGUCAAUGUCGCGUCCUCAGGCCACCAGUACACGCCCCGCAUCUUUUUUCGACAGCCUUAA